UGUUGCCAUUUUUCAUUACCUUCCCAUGUUUUGGUUAUAUAAAAAAUAACAUUUAUUCUUCUGAAUAUUGAUAUUUUUACCAAUAUCCGCCCACAUACAAAUAAUUUGGGUCCUUUUCUCUUUGGCAAGUUAUUGUGUAUCUCACACAAGAGAAAGGGCUUAGAAUCGGGAGGUAUUAUUGACUCCCGACGGCGAGGAUUAAUAAAAACGAGUCUUUUUUUUUAAGACUAAAGUAAAAGUACUGAAUGAAAGCUUUCAGUAAAUAAAAGGAUAAUAAUGGAAACUGAUGAUGUAAACAGGUUGUAUCAAUGUAUGGUAUGUGAUGAGAUUUUCAAGAAAUUUGAAGACCUUGAACACCAUAGCAAAAUACACGUUAAAGAAGAGAAAGCUGAAGAUGAUUAUUGUCGAAUAGGUUUUGAAGAACAGGACAAAUGUGAUGUGGUCGUUGGUCAAAAAGUUAAAAAUAAUGAAGCAGAGGACCAUGUUCUUGAAAAAGAGACCAAAAUUCGAUCGAAAUCGGAAAAAAGUUUUGAAUGUGAUAUCUGUAGUAGAUCAUUUAAUAAAAAUAGUAAUCUUAAGGCUCACAUGGUUCUUCAUUCUGGGAAGAAAGCUUUUAAAUGUGAUGUUUGUGGUAAAUCAUUUGGUCGUCUUGACUACCUACAACAACACAUGUGGACUCAUUCUGAAGACAAACCUUUUAAGUGCGCGUUAUGUGGGAAGUCAUUCAGUGGAAAGUUUCAUUUGUUGAAACAUAUCAGAACCCAUACGGGUGAAAAACCUUAUGAAUGUGAUGUUUGUGGUAAAUCAUUCAUUGAUAACAGUACGCUAAAUAAACAUAUGAAAAGUCACACAGGGGAGAAGCCCUACGAAUGCGGACUUUGUACCAGAUCGUUCAACGACAAAAGUAAUUUAGUCCGACACAUGAAAAUUCACUCCGGCGAAAAACCCUUUGCGUGUGAUUACUGCGACAAGGCGUUCAUUGAUCGAGGUAAUCUCAACAAACACACGAGAACUCACACACGCACUGGAGCGAAACCUCACAAAUGCGAGAUCUGCGGAAAGGCAUUUAGUCAACUCGGUGGUUUGCGAUCGCACAGUGGAGUUCACGCGGAAGAGAAACCCUUUAGAUGCGAUGUUUGUGGUAAAUCGUACGCUCAGAGCGCCAGUCUGUUGACCCAUGUGAGAAGUCAUACGGGUGAAAACCCUUAUAAAUGUGAUGUUUGUAAUAGAGCAUUCAGUGUGAACAGUACGUUAAAAACACACAUGAGAACGCACACUGUAGAAAACCCUUAUAAAUGUGAUGUUUGUAGUAAAUCGUUUCCGCGGAACGGUAACCUGCAGACACACAUGAAAAUCCAUGCUGGUGUUUAGAUGUUAUGUGACCUAACUGACUAAUCAAAUGUUCGGUAGUGAUUUUUAAAGUGCGUGUUAUUAUUACAGUUGAAACCAAAACUCGCGACCUCCAUGUGAACAAGCAUAACAGAUACAUUUACAGAUAUCUUAUAAAUCAGAUGUCAUGUGA